AAGUACCAUGGGAAGAUUUGAGAUAUUUAUUUGGUGAAAUUAUGUAUGGUGGGCAUAUAACUGAUGAUUGGGAUAGACGAUUAUGUAGAACAUUUUUACAAGAAUAUUUACAACCUGAUUUAGUUGAUGGUGAUCUCUAUCUAUCGCCUGGAUUUCUUGUCCCACCAAAUUCAGACUAUGCUGGUUAUCAUGCCUAUAUUGAUAAGUAUUUACCGCCUGAAUCGCCUUACCUAUACGGUUUACAUCCAAAUGCAGAGAUUGAAUUUUUAACGAAAUCAGCUGAACGUGUAUUCCGUGUUGUCCUUGAACUGCAACCACGUGACAGUGGAACGGAUGUCAGUGAUGCACCAAGUCGUGAAGAAACAUUGAAUAGUCUUAUAGAAGAUUUACUAGAUCGUCUAUCGGAUGGAUUUCCUAUGAAUGAAUUGUAUGCUAGACAAGCACCAGAGGAGCGUGGUCCAUACACUGUAGUUGUAUUACAAGAAUGUGAACGAAUGAAUAUUUUAAUUAAUGAAAUCCGUCGAUCACUUCGUGAAUUACGUUUGGGUUUACGUGGAGAGUUGACAAUCUCUGGUGCAAUGGAUUCACUGAUGAAUGCAUUAUUUUUAGAUCAGGUACCAUCAACCUGGGAACGUUAUGCCUAUCCUAGUCUCUAUCCACUUGGAUUAUGGUUUGCUGAUUUGUCAAAUCGAUGUAAAGAAUUAGAUAUAUGGGCACAAGAUUUAGGCCUGCCAGGCUCUGUAUGGCUUGGUGGUUUGUUUAAUCCACAAUCAUUUUUAACUGCUGUUAUGCAACAGACAGCAAGAAAAAUGGAAUGGCCAUUGGACAAGAUUUGUAUCAGUGUUGAAGUUACAAAAAAGACAAAAGAAGAAAUGGGUUCGGCACCAAGAGAAGGUGCCUAUGUGCAUGGAUUAUUUAUUGAAGGUGCUAGAUGGGAUACAAGUGCUAAUUCAAUUGUUGAUGCUAGAAUCAAAGAACUGGCACCAGCAAUGCCUGUUAUCCUGCUUAGAGCUGUACCAUCGGAUAGACAAGAAGGUCGAAUAGCAGCUAUGUAUGCUUGUCCUGUGUAUAAGACGAAGACAAGAGGACCAACAUUUGUGUGGACAUUUCAUUUACGUACAAAAGAGAAACCGGCUAAAUGGAUUAUGGGUGGUGUUGCACUACUUUUACAA